CUUCCCACAGAGAGAGGGGUGUCGAGCAGCUAUCUCCUGCUAAUAAAGAAUUUUGGUGUUUGAGAAAUGAAUAACAAUGAUGUUCAGGCUUAUAAAGAUGAAAUCCAAUCUUUGGAGGAAGAAAUUAAAAUGUUAACAGAAGAAUAUGAAUGCUGUCAACAUGCGUCAAUGGCUUAUUCUGAUGGGGACAUAAUUAAAGUAAUGAAAUCACUUAAAAGAACAUCUCAAGAAGAACUAAGGCAAUAUCAAUCUUCUCCGGAUUUGAAAACUCAGAAUGAGUUGUUAGAAGCUGACCUCUCCUUCAUAAUGAAACUUACAGGCAUUUGCUUCACACAUUAUACCAGGAAGCCUGUGGAGAAAAAUGGAACUAAAGCUACACAUAAGUAUCAAUUAUCAGGAAACUGUCAGUCAGUGCCCUUUCAAAUGGAAUUUCAACUUCUAGAAGAAAAUGAGAAUAAGAAAACCAUUUCAGCCACAGUUACAGAUCUUAACAUUGUAAUCAAAUCUGAGGAAUAUUCUGAUUUAAGUAAAUUUGUAUCCAGGAUAGAAGAGAGUGGGAAUCUGUUGCUGUUCUUCAAGACUCUUUGGUCUUUCUCUGAAUGGUAUGAACACCGGACACACACAUUCACUCAUUUCAAGAGCAAGUAUCCCGAAGUUGUUGUACUUCCUGAAGGAUCAUCUGGCAAUUACAUGCUCCUAAGAAACAAGCAGCUUCCUGGGCUUGAACUAAUGAUUGUUUGGAAGAUACGUGUAGAUGAAGAAGGAAAUCUUACACCAGCUUUGGAUCUCCUACACAAAAUACCAGUGUCAGUUGAGAAGGUGAACAGGUUUGCCUUAGAUGCGCCAAGCAGCUUCAGGAGCCUCUUGCAUGUCCUUGGGAUCAAAGAUGCCAUAGAAACACUUAUCACGGCAUUUUGCAAUGGCAAAUGAGCAAGAAGACGUUAUGUUAUGCAUCCGUAGCUUUAAUGAAUAUAAACAUUAAAUUAUUUUCCAUUUACAAACUAUAUCCAUAAAACAUGCUAUCUGUACAAUUAUGGCACAUAUAUAUAAAUUGUCAGACAAAUAAAUACAGCCAUUUAAAUACAAAAUGCUAAAUAAUAAGGUACAAGUUGAGUGAAUUUCAUUUAAAAACUGACUUCCUCACAGUCAAAGUGGUUUUACCCCUCUGUAGCAUUUCUUAGGAGUUCUUCAGAUCAACCCGAUCAAUUCAAGUUUGCAAAAAGUGGCAGUUUUUGUUCACAGUUGUAUAUGCAAAUGGUUUCAAUGGUACCCAGAAGUGUAAUGAAAUAAAGUUUAAGAUACAAAAUA